AGGAUGGAGAUUUCCUGGCACUGGACCUUGGUGGCACCAACUUCCGCGUGCUGAGGGUGAAGGUGUCGGACAAUGGGCUGCAGAAGGUGGAAAUGGAGAAUCAGAUCUAUGCCAUCCCUGAGGAGCUGAUGCGUGGCAGUGGGGUACAGCUUUUUGACCACAUUGCUGAGUGUUUGGCCAACUUCAUGGACAAGCUGAAUAUCAAAGACAAGAAACUCCCCCUUGGAUUCACCUUCUCCUUCCCAUGCCACCAGACCAAGCUGGAUGAGAGCAUCCUGGUGAACUGGACGAAGGGGUUCAAGUGCAGCAGCGUGGAGGGGAGGGAUGUGGUGUCGCUGCUACGUAAAUCCAUCAAGAAACGAGGGGACUUUGACAUCGACAUCGUGGCCGUGGUGAACGACACCGUGGGGACCAUGAUGACCUGUGGCUAUGAUGACCACAACUGUGAAGUUGGCCUCAUUGUUGGGACUGGUACCAAUGCCUGCUACAUGGAGGAGAUGAGGCACAUUGACCUGGUGGAAGGGGAUGAAGGUCGGAUGUGCAUCAACAUGGAGUGGGGAGCGUUCGGCGACGACGGAGUCCUCAACGACAUCCGCACCGAGUUCGACCGCGAGAUCGACAUGGGCUCGCUCAACCCUGGCAAACAAUUGUUUGAGAAGAUGAUCAGUGGGAUGUACAUGGGAGAGCUGCUGGUCAGACUCAUCCUGGUGAAGAUGACCAAGGAAGGGCUGUUGUUUGGGGGAAAGCUCACCCCAGAUCUGCUCACUACUGGCCACUUCGAGACCAAAUACGUCUCUGCCAUCGAGAAGGAGAAGGAAGGUCUGCAGAAAGCCCACGAGAUCCUGAGCAAACUGGGCCUGGAGCCAUCCCACGAGGACUGUGUGGCCACACUGCGCAUCUGCCAGAUCGUGUCCACGCGCUCGGCCAGUCUGUGCGGGGCCACGCUGGCCGCCGUGCUGCGGCGCAUCAAGGACAACAAGAGCGUGGACAGGCUGCGCUCGACCGUCGGCGUGGACGGCUCUGUCUACAAGAAACACCCACAGUGA